UCCGAGUUAGCUACUGCUGUGAGUGCUCUCAACGCAGAAUGACAACAAGGUCCUGGCAGCCUAUCUGUUACGUACUGGUGCUUGCGCUUUCCUCCUGCCAACGGGCGUCGUGCUCGAUAGAGGGUAACCCGGUACCGUCGACCGCUGCUGCUACUACUGCGGUCCUCUCCCUCUCCGACUCGGCUCCUCCGGACAAUCAUCAUCGGCAGCAGGUUCCGGAGACCGACGAUAUCGGCGGAGGGGAUCCCGACAGCUGCCUAGGCUCUCAGCACCAGCACCAGCGACAGCGGGGGGAGGACAUGGUGGUGGAUGGGGAGGAAGGGACGAACAAAAAUCCUCACUCUCCACCUGCUUUGGACGGGGACGAGGCGGUGGAAGUCCUCAAGGAUGAAGAAGCUGCAGCGGCUUCGACGACGACAGCUCCCGGGUCAACCGCCGAUGAUAUGGAGGACAAGGGGCAGGAGGGGGUAGAUAGCAGCAGCAUCCCGGAGAGAUACAUCGUAGGGUGCGGAGGCGACGUAGCGGAAGCUGGCAGACGAUGGAAGGCGACUGUCGAGUGGAGAAAAGAGAACAAGGUGGACGAGAUUUUGGAGACACCGCAGCCUCACUUUCACGAAUGCAGGCAAGUGUUCCCCGUGUUCUUGCACGGGCGGAGCCGGAAGGGGAUGCCGGUACUGUGGGAGCGCAUCGGUAAGGUUGAUCUGGCGAAGGCGAACGAGCUGGAGCUGCCCCUGUCGGUGCUGACGCCGAACUACGUCUUCCUCAACGAGUGCGUGUGGAGAUUGAUCCUGGACAGGGGUGAAAACGACAACGAUGACGCCCAGUUCAUCACGGUGGAGGACGUCGCCGGAGUCCGGCCGUGGCACCUCACUCCCAAGGUUCUUUCGGUCCUGCGCGCGCUAACCGGGACAAUGAAGGCGCACUACGUCGAGAGGUGUCACAAAUCGUACAUUAUCAAUGCCCCGCGAGCGUUCACGGCUCUGUGGCGUGUAGUCUCGGCCAUGCUAGACACCAGAACUCGUGCCAAGAUUUCUAUUUUGGGAACGAACUACCUAGAGGAGAUGAAGGAGGAGAUCGAUAUUUCCCAGAUUCCGCCAGAGUACGGCGGGAGCAGCGGCAGGGCUAUCGACGACUCGGACGAUGAAAGGAAGAUCCAAGCGCUAGUAGCUCUGCUCAACUCGGCGGCGGAAGGACAGGGAAUGGCGCCGAAAGCUGCCGGAGAUGAUGGGAAAUCGGCAUACCUCACCGGAAAGAGUUAAGACGGAAGCUGACGGGAUUGCUCGCGGCAGUUUUGGACACCAGCCGGUCGAGUACAGCGCAUUGUAUAUUGGAGGUUUUGACGGUUUGUGCACGAGGAGAAACGGCGUGGGUGACGGCUGGAGCAGCAGACGAACCCUGUGCUGCUCCGAUCAACGUAUGUUGACCGGUGACCGAGGCGGAGAGGGUGUGUGUGUGUGUGGCCAGACCGGAAGGAUCUCACGGGAUCCGUUGCGUAGAGCUUGAGCUAGCUGAUGGAAGAACCGGUCCAGGAGCCACCGCACGCAGCAGUGUGAAGAUGCUUUGGUAGUGUUGGGCUGCUUAAUGCGCCGUGGGAGACAAGCACGUGGGUGUGAUACGUGGCGUGCUCGUUUUUGAGGUUUACCUAGCUAUUCAUUGUUUGUGGCCAUUGUAUGUGAUCGACCCGGAUGUGGUACAAGCAAGUCGAUAGAGAUGGGAGCAGUUUUCAACUUUAGAAGCAACGACGACGAUACAUUCCCCGGGGUAUCAUGCUCUUCGCAAGUGUCAUUGCUGUGCGCUUAUCGUUGCCACCUAGAUCGACCGGAUACUUACACAGGACCCGGGUGAAGGUUGCCCAGUCAGCCGAAGCCCCCCCCCCUCUUGUGGUGUGCGGGUGCUGUCUGAUGGUGUUCGCUGUUGUGGCAUGCUUUGCCAUGCGUAGUGUGCCUAGGCUAUUUUCUGUGGCCUAUUGUGUGACCCCGGCUGAUACGUCAGAUACACACUCCACGGACGGCGUGUAGACCGGCGCCUGAACAGGUGGAUUGGACGAACACACACACAUACGUAGGCUCUUUAUCUUGUGAUCGUGGUGUGCACACAGAAGUUGGUGUUGGUGGUUGCUGGUGGUGGUACCAAGUGGAGCAAUUUUGUUUUUUGUGGCUAGUCUAGCUGAAGUCCGCCGCACGAAGGCGUCCUCGAAACAACACGGGCACAAGUAAUAGCGCACGCAGGGAUUGUUGGGGAUUGCAAGGUUGUGUUUACAAGGGAGACAAGCGGUUUCCAAACCCGUCCCUCGAAGCCCGCCCACAUGCCUAGGACUCUUGUAGCACCUCCUCACAACAGGGGACAAUAUGUUGUUGCUGAUAGGUAGCGUUCCGUGACGAUUCCGAGAUAGAGCUGUCGUUGCUGUACGAGAGUUGUUCUGUUCUCCGCGUAUCGUGUUGACGAGGGAGAUAAAACCUGUGCUCGCAUGAAUCCACGUAUGUAACACAUGAGGGAAAAUGGGGGAAGACUACAAAUAAAAACACGGGGUUGUCUUCCCGCAUGCACGUCUGGCCGUGGGUUACGAACCCCGUUGCGUCGCCGUGGAAGCGCUCUUUUAGCUUUUAGCACUGUCAAGGGCGACAGACCAGCGGCGUUGCUUCAGAGACACCACAGCGUAGUCGAUCCGAAAUGCAGACAAAACUUAAAACUUCCCUCCACUGGUAUGUAGUGCUUCACCAGUCAGACGCAAAGAGGCAGAGGAAAACAGGUAGGUCCGUCUGGGUAUCAUCUGCCUCAGCCCCGAAAGCUUGAACCGAAUCAAGACGGUAGUCUUCCGCAGGAGCUCCGCACAGGGUAUCAUCUUCACUGUUGAUAUUUUUCAGACGCGUCUCGUCUCGCUCACAAUACAACCCCCAAAUUACGGACCCUCCGGUGCUAAACAAAUACUGUACCGGACAAGACUCGGGUCUGGUCCCCGUCCCCUCCCGCCCGACCUCCAUCGCACACUGCUGUCACAUAAGAGCUAUUUUUCUAGACUAAGAAACAUAGAAAACAAAGAUAAGAGAGCGUUGCUUUCUUGUUUUCGAUUCAGGAAGGAUUCGGCAACAAGCAAACAUCCAGGAACUCGCCACCCCACACGACACAUGCAUGCCUACGCUGCUUGCUGUCCUACGCAAAACCGAUCCCCAAGCACCCUCACCCCACCCCACGAAGAUGAUCCCCAAGCCGCCCCGCUGUAGGUGCUACUGUCGCGACAGCCGUAGAUUCUGCUGCCGCUACAGCUGUAGGUGCUGCUGCCGCGGGCUUUCCACGGUGGGGAACGCCGCCGCCCACCGAACCGCUCUGGUGUGACUGACCUCUCUCUCUCACGCGCACUUGCAUGCCCAAGCCGCCGCACAAAAUCUUUGCACAGAGCUCUCUCAGUUCACGCAAAAGCGCCACAGCUCUCUCGAGGACCCAUGGGUCGCACGCAAGGAGAGGGGGAGUGGGUGUGCCCUUCCCUUCGGCCCGACAAAGGAAAUAGAAAACAAAAGAAUACAUAUGAGAGGCUGGAUGGCAUUUGGCCAGCAACUCGUGUAGUUCGUAUGUACGUCGUAAGUGACCGGUCCUGAUGUCAGGAUGCCGCCCUGCGCCAAAUCCAUCAGGACUCCCUCCCUGUAUUGCCCCCAACCCCUAUUCACGAUAAACACAGCAACUCUAGCACACAUAACACACGAAAGCAAGGACGUUCGGCCUUGAUGGGAAAAUUGAUCUGGCGAAACAUUCAAGCAACCGAUAACCCCCGUCGAGGUCAAUGGUCUAA